AUGAAAGAACAAGUUCUUGAACAAGCACCGAAGAAAAUCAAACAAAUCCAGUUCGGUGUUCUUUCGCCCCAGGAAAUUGUCAAUGUAUCAGAAUUCGAGGUCACCCAGCGCGAUCUGUACACGGUCCAGGACCGCCAGCCCGUCAAAUAUGGAAUGCUCGAUUUAAGACUGGGUACAUCCGACAAGGUAGCCUCGUGCGAAACUUGUGGACUGAAGCAGCAGGAUUGUAUCGGACAUUUUGCCCACAUCAGACUAUGUCUUCCAGUCUUCCAUAUUGGAUAUUUCCGAGCAGCCAUAGUCAUUUUACAGAACAUCUGCAAGACAUGCAGCCGAGUUUUGCUGUCAGAGAAGGAUCGACGCACAUAUUUGAAGAAGCUUCGUGCACCUAAUCUGGAGAACCUAACUAGGAAGAACGUUGUCAAGGCAGUGAAUGACAAAUGCAAAAAGGUCGUUCACUGUCCAUACUGCGAGGCAACCAAUGGCACGGUCAAGAAGGUCGGCGCACUCAGGAUCGUGCACGAGAAAUACAGAGCAAAGAAGGUGGCGGACGAAUAUGAACAGUUCAAGAAUACGUUCAACAAUGCUCUGGAGGCAGCGCCAGAAAUGAAAGCUCAUAUCUCAAAGGCGCAGGAGGACAUGAAUCCGCUGAGGGUGUUAAAUCUGUUUAAGGCUAUUUCAGACGAGGAUUGCGAGCUGUUGGGAAUGAAUCCAGAUCUUGGGCGGCCUGAGAUGUACCUAUGGCAAAAUAUUUCUGUACCGCCAGUCUGUAUUCGUCCUUCGGUUCAACAGGAUGGCGCCAGUAAUGAGGACGAUAUCACUGUCAAGUUGACUGAGGUCAUCUUCACGAACGCCCACAUGCAAGCCGGUCUUAAUCAGGGUAUCGCUAUCCACAACUUGAUGGAACAAUGGGAUUUUUUGCAGCUGUCGGUCGCCAUGUACAUCAAUAGUGAGCUUCCAGGAAUUUCGAACUUGCAGCCAGGAAAACCCGUCCGCGGAUUUUGUCAGAGAUUGAAGGGAAAGCAGGGUCGUUUCCGUGGAAACUUGUCAGGGAAGCGUGUCGAUUUCUCUGGUCGUACAGUCAUUUCGCCCGACCCCAACCUCCGCAUUGACCAGGUUGCUGUCCCCGAAUUGGUGGCUAAGAAUCUAACAUACCCGGAACGUGUCACCACUCACAACAUCGAACGUCUUCGCAAAGCUAUUUCAAACGGCACAGAAGUCCACCCUGGCGCCAACUAUGUCACACUGGGAUCCACCAAUAUGAAAAAGUCGCUCAAAUUCGGCAACAGGUCUGCGAUCGCGGCGGAGAUUCAGGUCGGCGAUCUUGUCGAGCGUCAUUUGAAUGACGGAGAUGUGGUCCUCUUUAAUCGCCAACCCUCGCUUCAUAAGCUGUCCAUUAUGGCUCACUAUGCGAAGAUUCGACCCUGGCGCACCUUCCGCUUCAACGAGUGUGUCUGUAACCCCUAUAACGCCGAUUUCGACGGAGACGAGAUGAACUUGCAUGUUCCCCAAACGGAAGAGGCCAGGACCGAGGCCAUCGAGCUGAUGGGAGUCAAGAACAACUUGGUCACGCCCAGAAACGGAACGCCGCUGAUUGCCGCUAUUCAGGAUUUCAUCACGGCCUCGUAUUUGAUUACACAGAAGGACCUGUUUUACGAUCGCUCCCAAUUUGUGCAGAUCUGCUCGUACCUGGGCGAUGCAGAACUCAAGAUUGAGAUUCCUCCGCCCGCAAUUUUGAAACCUGCACAGAGGUGGACUGGCAAGCAGAUCAUUAGUGUUCUGCUCAAGCCCAACAAGGACUCUAAGGUUCUCGUCAACCUGGAAGCCAAGACCCGUUCUUACGAUAAAGUGAAGAGACCCAUCAUGGACAUGUGCAGGAACGACGGCUACCUUGUCAUCUACAAUAGUGAGAUCAUGUGCGGUGUUUUGGAUAAGUCGAUUGUCGGAGACGGCAACAAGAGCUCGCUCUUCUACAUCGUUAUGCGUGACUAUGGCUCGAUCGAGGCGGCGAAUUGCAUGAAUCGAUUGGCCAAGCUGUGCGCCCGUUGGUUGGGAACUGUUGGAUUCUCGAUCGGUAUCAACGAUGUCCAGCCGGGUCAUAUUUUGGCAUCCAAGAAGGACGAACUUGUCCAGAAUGCAUACGCCCACUGCGACGACCUUAUUUACCGCUCACUUCAUGGUCAGCUCGAGAACCAGCCCGGAUGCGACAUCGAGCAGACAUUGGAGGCAUUAAUUUCGGGAGAGCUGUCGCAAGUUCGUGACAAGGUCGGAGAUAUCUGUUUGACAGAACUGAACAAGUACAACUCACCCCUGAUUAUGGCAACAUGUGGUUCCAAAGGUUCCAAGAUUAACGUCUCCCAGAUGGUUGCUUGUGUCGGUCAGCAAAUUAUCAGUGGCAAACGUAUUCCCAACGGUUUCCAGGACAGAUCCCUGCCUCACUUCUUGAAGAAUUCCAAGAUUCCUCCAGCCAAGGGGUUUGUCCGGAAUAGUUUCUACAGUGGAUUAACGCCCACCGAAUUCUUCUUCCACGCUGUCUCCGGUCGUGAGGGUCUGGUCGAUACCGCUGUCAAGACUGCCGAAACCGGAUAUAUGCAGCGUCGUUUAAUGAAGGCUCUGGAGGACUUGACAACACAUUACGAUCUUUCGGUCCGCAACUCUGUCGGCGCCAUCAUCCAGUUCACCUAUGGAAGUGAUGGCCUAGAUCCCGCUGUUCUCGAGGGUCCUGGAACGCCCGUGCUGUUCGAUCGCAACUUUACCAGUACUCUUCAUAUAAUAGCCAUUACGGAGGACGAUAAGAAGCUGCUUCCAUGGCAGAUUAACGAGUAUGUCGAGAAGGCUGUAGAGACGCCACGCUGGGCCAAGAACUGCUCCAAGGACUUCAUCUCUUCCUUGCUGAUGUAUGUCAGGACACAUAUCGCUGGAAAGCUGAAGCGCAUCCGCGAGGCAUAUAACAUGAUGUCUGGAGAGCAUAAUCCUGGCGAAGAAUACGAAGACAUGGACUUGGACGAGGAUGUCUCAGAGGAAGUUAAGAAGAUUGUCAACAACAAGUUGUGUGUGACGGAGCGCCAUAUGGAGCGGUUCUUGUAUAUCUGCUGGGACAAGUUCAUGAAGGCCAAGAUUGAGCCUGCAUCUGCUGUGGGAGCUGUGGGAGCUCAGUCGAUCGGAGAACCCGGUACGCAGAUGACGCUGAAGACUUUCCAUUUCGCUGGUGUCGCCUCUAUGAACAUCACGCUGGGAGUCCCUCGUAUCAAGGAGAUCAUCAACGCCGCGAAAGUGAUCGCGACUCCGAUUAUUACCACUCGACUGGUUAACAACAUGGACGUCAAGGCUGCACGCAUUGUCAAAGGAAGGAUCGAAAAGACGAUGUUGGGCGACAUUGCAGAGUUUAUUGAGGAGGUAUACAAGCCGGAUGAGUGCUAUAUCGGUGUUCGUUUGGAUAUGGAUGCCAUUCGUCGGUUGCAGCUCGAGACAGACUUGGAUGAGGUGGCCAAGGCCAUUGGUUUGGCACCUAAACUCAAGAUCGGAACCAACAACGUCCAGUCGCACAAGCCAGACCGCUUGCGUAUCUAUGUGCAAUCGAAGGACCCAGCUGGCCUGUACUAUUCAAUUAAGCAGCUCAAGCGGGCACUCCCCGAGAUCAUCAUUAAGGGUCUUCCUCAGGUCAAUCGUGCGGUCAUUAAUGAGAUCCAAGGAAGCGGCGGAAAGAAGGAGCUGCUCGUCGAGGGUUACGGUCUUCGUGAGUUGAUGAACACGGAAGGAGUUGUUGGUACGCAGACGCGGUCAAACCAUGUUAUGGAGGUCUGGAAGGUACUGGGUAUCGAGGCAGCGCGUCGCACGAUUUUUGAUGAAAUCAAGAGCGUUAUGGAUUCUCACGGACUGACGAUCGAUCCCCGCCACGUUAUGUUGUUGGGAGAUAUCAUGACGUCGAAGGGCGAGGUUCUUGGUAUUACUCGUUUCGGUAUCGCCAAGAUGAAGGACAGUGUCAUGAUGCUGGCGUCGUUCGAGAAGACAACGGACCAUCUGUUCGAGGCAGCGCUGUACUCGAAGAAGGACGCGAUCGAGGGUGUGUCCGAGUGUAUCAUCAUGGGCAUUCCGAUGUCGAUUGGAACAGGAUUGUUCAAGCUGAUCAAGAGGGACGAUGCCCAUGACCGUAUCCCGAUGCGUCGCAAGCUACUCUUUGACCCAUAG